GUAACUGGGAGUUGACGUCCAUAUGGACAGCGUGCGUCUGCUGUGACUGGCAGACGGAUCCACAUAAUCUCUGCUGGAGGAUUAAGGCAGCGGAGGACGACGCCUCGCGCAGUUUGCACGCGUGCUGUAAGGCUCUGCUCAGUACAGUGAAGCUGGUGGGAUGUGAUCCAACCACAACAGUAACUACCGCAAACCAAAGCGCUGACUCGUCAUUAAACGCCGUCUUCCUGCAGACACGCCGGACCGGCUCACUGUGAUGCCUUCCACUGGGAGCUCUGGUCCCUGGACCUUCUCAGAGCUACUGGGCCAGCCGAGGCUGCUGGGGCUCGGGGCUCUGCUGGCGUGGCUCGUCCUCUUCCACCUCCUCGUCAACGUCUGGCUGCUCUGCGUCUUCACCAGCCUGCUGGUGGUCCUCGGGGGCUGGCUCGGCUCCCGCGCGCUACUGGACGCGAACAGCCUCCUCCACCUGGAGCACUUCCUGCCCGUGGGCGGAGUCAACCCGCCGCCGCCGUCGCCCGAGCACGAGUGGAGGUUGAACCACGAGCUCCACAGCGCCGUGCACAAGGCCGUGCGGGACUUCGUGUCCUCGUGGUACCGCACGCUGCUGCCCGAGGUGGAGGGCGACUUCGAGCGCGUGGUGCGCAACACGAUGCUGGAGGCGGUGAUGGAGCUGAAGGAGCGUGCGCGGCGCGUGGACAGGAAGCUGUUGGUGCAGCGGCUGCUGGAGCUGUACGGCUCUCACCUGCAGAGCUACAUGACGGCGAGGCACAUCCAGGCGGCGCACGAGGACGGCGGCAGCCUGUGGCAGCUCUACCGCGGCGCCGAUGCUCCUCAUCCGGCUGUGAGCCGCGCCGCGACGGAGCUCAGCUACUCACGAGCUCUGGUGAACCUCGUCCUGCACGUGCUCGUUCCAUAUCCACACAUGGAGAGCCGAACCGGGGGCUACGUGGUGACGGAACUCAUCACCUGCAAUCUGCUGAUGCCGCUCAUAAGCAGGGUGUCCGAUCCCGACUGGCUCAACCAGAUCAUCGUGGACGUGUUCGCCAGAAGCAGAGAGCCGCAGGGCGUCCGCGUGGACGAGCUGCCGGCGCCUGCGCUUUACGCAUGUCAGGUGCAGCCGGAGUCCUGGACCACGUGCAGGUCGCCGUCCGCUUCGGAGCCUCCGGACGCCGGAAGCACGUGCGAGAGCCAGAGCGCGGCGUGUGAGUGCGACUCCGAGAGCAGCGGCGUGAGCCUGGCCUCCGCUGAGAGGAUGGAAAACUGUCACUCGGGUCUGCUCACGCCGUGCAAAGUAAAGUGCUGCCUGCUCGCAUCCGGCCACUGCUCCCCUUUAACCAGGUCUGAAAUGGUCUCAGUGGAAUCGGUCAUUCAGUCAGACUCAGAGGACGACAUCCCCGAAGGCUUUUGUGACUGUGGGCCCCCAACAAACCUGUGCAACAGGAUCACCUCAAAGGACGACGAGGCGUUCGGCUGCUUCGGGCCGCUGAAAAGCCUCGGUCUGAAGACGUCUGAAGACGCCCAGUGGCCUGCGGGUAUGGCCCAGGAGAGGUCCCCGACCUGCCCCCCGAGAAGAACCCCACUGAGCCCCUGCAGCGGCGGGACUCCCGGCGGCCCGGCUGCACCCGUCCGCGUCCACAACGUGCACAUCGCCGGUACCGUCACUGCCAAGGACCAGCGCGGCUCCAGCGCCCACCCAUGCACCCUGUACACCAUCAAGUUCGACGCGGUGGCCGAAGCGGGGGACGGCGCCCUCUGCCGGCGGCGCACCGUCCACCGCAGGUACAGCGAGUUCCUCAACCUGCAGACGCGCUUGGAGGAGAACCUGGAAGUGAAGAGGCUGCUCAAGAACGUCAAAGGCCCGAAGAAAAUGUUCCCCGACCUCCCUUUUGGCAACGCAGACAACGAGAGGGUCGAAGCCCGUAAAGGCCUACUGGACACGUUCCUAAAACAAUUAAGCAGCAUUCCUGAGACCGCCCACAGUGAGGACAUGCACGAGUUCCUGGCUCUCAGCUCGGACCCUGCUGCGUAUUUUGAAAGAAAGCCUGUUGUCAAGUCAAAGAUUGAUAAGAUGAUGGAAAAUGCUUUAGACACCUUGAAGACAGCGUUUCCUCAUCCUGAGCUGCUCAGUCCAACAGAGGAACUGGAUGCAGAAGGUGAUGGCAGAGCGAUGGACAGCAGGAGAUACAGGAGGCUCAUGUUCCCGAGCAAAGUCUCCCCGUCCCUGAACAUACCCGACCUGCACCCCAAAGUGACGUACUGCUUCAGUGAAGGCAGCCGCGUCCUCAACAGCAUGUCAAUGUCGGGCCUGGAGAGCUUCAUCAAGGAGCAGGAACGACUGAUGUGUGAGGAGAACGGGAAAGACGUGGUCACGCGCAGCUGCGAGCGCCCCAAGACUCCAGGGAAAACUCACGGCACAGACACAGCUGUGGCAGAUGUGGCUUUGAACAUCCUGUGUCUGUUGAUGAAGGACCAGUGGAGUUGGCUGUGCACGGAGAACAUACAGAAGACCAUCAGGCUGCUCUUUGGCACCUUUAUCGAAAGAUGGCUGGAUAUAGGAGUUGCCCACCUCACCAGCGCCUCCUGCUGGGUGAUUUACCUGCAAGCGCUGCAGGAAACCGUGUGGCCCGGGGGAACGCUGCCCGUCCAGCCUCGGCCCGAGCGGAGCGCCGCGGAAAGAGAGGAGACCAAGGAGCAGUGUCUGAACUGUCUGAUGCAGCUGCUUCCAGAGCUCGUCACUGACAUGCUGGGCAGUGAGAAGUACAGGCUGAGCGCGGAGACCAUGCUGGAGUCCCUGCAGGACUGUCAGAUAAACAAGCACCUGAUCUACUGCGUCUGUGACCUGCUGCUGGAGCUUCUCGUCCCUGAGUCGUGCGACGAGCUCUCGCAGAAGUCGCUGCCGCAGAGCUUGGCUAAAGACUCAGAGAGGAACAGCUCUUACAGAUGAUGAGCACCUUCUGAACCAGGAAGCGUGUUCAAGAUGCACCUCUGUCUGUCUUCACGGGUUUGGAGGAAACUGAAACACACAGAGGAAGAUCGAGCGUACUGUGUUGAUUGACAGGCAUGAUAAUUCUAGUCCACUUUCGAAGACUUGUCUGACUGUCUGUAUGAAUUAUUCAUGAAUAAAUCUUUAUUAUCAUUUGA